AUGUGGCCUGUGUUGGGUUAUUCGAGGCGGUAUGGGUCAGGUGAACGGAGACUUCUUCAAUUCGCAAACAUGGAUGAUUGUGUGGCAAAUAUGGCUCUUGUUGCAGGCUUCCUCAAUUCCAUACUUCAUGCUUCUGACUUCCUCAAGUCAACAGAUGGCAUUGUCGUUGCAGUUGUUACCUUUGCUGCUGAAAUGGCUCUAAGUAUCUCCCUAGGCCGAUAUCAGAUCAUAAUUAAAGAACAGAAAUGA